AUGAUGAACACUCAUGAGGGCCAUUCUCAGGCGGCGGUUUGGAGUCUCUAUCAAUCUUCCUCUACAGGGGUCCAGUCCGCCAUUGUAGCCAAUCCAUACAAGCCUGAAGCGGAUGAUCUGGAGGGAGGCGUCUUUGCAAAGGAUCAUCGCCGUGCUGUUGAGCGCGGAGACUUUGCCGAUGGUGGCAAGUUCCGAUCUGUUGUAAAGAUACUAGCUGCGUUAAACAAUGGUAGCGGUGAAACAAUUUGGAUGAUGGACUCCGGCUGGCUCAUCAGUCCUGACACUGUUAUCACUGCAGGACACGUUGUCUACGACUGGAAAUAUAACUGCCAACGUGCGAAAGAGAUCAAAUGCUACAUUGGAUAUGCUGGGCGUGCUUCGGUUAACGACGAGCAGUACGGUGUUCAGGCUCGUCUCGGUGAGCGAGUGGUCACUACCUUGGAGUGGGUUCAGUCGGGCCCACAAAUCGGGACGCACGAUGUUGCAUUCAUCAAGCUCGACCGGCCGUUCGAGGGUGAUCUUAGGAUGUUCCCCGUCCAAAACCCGACUCCUGUUUCUGGCGACGUCAGGCUCGGCGUUGUAGGAUAUCCUGGAGACAAAGAGCUCCCCGGGUCAAGGGGUGAAAAUGGCGAAGGGGGUGCCUUGAUGUAUGAAGAGUUCGCUCGUACCAAGUACAAUCUCCGAGACAGCACUCAGCAUAUGAUCGAAUACCGAGUCUCAACAUAUGGAGGCCAAUGUGGAGGACCAGUCCUCAAAAUCGUCGAGGGCAAGUCGCUGUACGUUGUCAUUGGCACUCAUUGCUUUGGUUUUGGACCUGGCACGAGCAAUUUUGGGACCUCCAUUGGGGGUCAAUACGGAGUCCACUACGAUAAUUUCAUCGUGCUCUUCGAUUCUCCUUUGUUCCCUAAUGAAGCGCAUUAUGGUAUAAAGAUUCUAAGUGCUGGCGAGAUUACGAAGACGACCGCCAGCGAGGCCAAGCUCACUCAGGUGACUGUCAAGAUCGAGGACUCACCAAAUUCAAGUGGGCUUGGGGAAGCUCAGCUAGACACUGUUCAGAACAACCACUUGCCGAAGCGUCAUGAUAUUGUCAGACCUCAGAAGUCGAUCUUGGAUCUUAUUGAAGGCUUUGGAAAGCCCCACACGCCCGUAAGGUGA